CUUAGCGCGACCCUUAGAAUGACACCUGUGAGUUUCCGUAGUUGCAUUUAGCGCUAAUUGCUUGACAAACGUGUUUAAAAUAAAAUAAAACAUCGCAGAAAAGUCUCAUAAUGUCCAUGCAACCGAGUAAUCCUACGAAUCCGAUCGUUUUCUUCGAUAUUACCAUCGGCGGGCAGGAUAUUGGACGGAUGAAGAUUGAACUGUUUGCUGACGUAGUUCCAAAAACAGCAGAAAACUUCCGGCAGUUUUGCACCGGUGAGUUCAGAAAGGACGGUGUCCCUAUCGGGUUCAAGGGCUGCACCUUCCACAGAGUGAUCAAAGACUUUAUGAUCCAAGGAGGCGACUUUGUAAAUGGUGAUGGAACUGGUAUCUGCAGCAUCUACAGAGGUCCAUUUGCAGAUGAGAACUUCAAAGUAAAGCAUAGCGUGCCCGGUCUUCUCUCCAUGGCAAACAGCGGUCCAGGAACAAACGGAUGUCAGUUUUUCAUCACCUGUGCCAAAUGUGACUGGUUAGAUGGAAAACACGUUGUUUUUGGAAAAUUAGUCGAUGGUUUGCUGAUCAUGAGAAAGAUUGAGAACGUUCCGACGGGGCCCAAUAACAAACCAAAGCUCCCCAUCCUCAUAGCGCAGUGCGGCGAGAUGUGAUCCAGCCUGAAUGUGAUGCCACACCCACCUCUGUACACAUGAAACCCAAACAGAACCUCAUCCCACUUUUUUAGGGAUUCCUUUACCCAUAAUGCACCAUUAAAGGACAUGGUGAGGAUCAGCAGUACAUCAUUUUGGUCAUUUUAAGCAGCUGAUGGACAUGAAUCCAGGAAAAAAAAACCCAGCUUAAGGUGAUUCUAAUCUCGGGUCGAGUUCAGAAGUGGCAGUUUAUGAUGAUAGUUUGUUGAUUGAAGUUUCUGCUUCAUAUGAAUACAAAUUGUUUUGGUUUUUGUAUUCUUAAAUAAAUUGACUCACUAUGUCCAGGUUUC